UAUGAUCAGUUUUUAUUCAUGAUAAAUUCUUCUGUAUCAUUCUGCAAGGGAAUGGAAUUUUCUUUUCCCUCUUUUACUUUUCUGUUUCAACCCCGUUAUUCUCUUUCCUUUUUCUCCCUCACGCUUCUUAAUUUUUCGUACAAUACUGCGCAACACAACAUGCGCGCACAUUCUUGUGGGUGUACGUAUAUGUGAAUGUGAAUGUACGCUGUCGCUCCACUGUAAAACUGCACAUAAUUUUAUCAAACAGAUUUUUAUUUCUUUCCGAAAUUUUUUGCAAGAUCUAAAAGUGGUGAUACUGAAAGUGACAUUGUCAUAUGAUGAAACAUUGAAAAAAAAGGAUAGAGAAAGGAAAAAAAUUGGCAAUAGUCAUGAUCACAGAAAAACCGAAUAAGACGACGGGAUUCUUUGAGGACAGGAAGGAGUAUUAUAAACUUUAGAGGGAGGAUUAGGCUGAGGUUGCAUGCGAGUGAGAGACGAGGUGGUGCUUGAUUGUGAACAGAACGAGAGGCAAGAAGUGAGUUAGCUAGUGGAUGGUAAAGAGAAAAGGGGUGGGAAUGUGGACAUGAGAAAAAUAAAGAGAGCACAGUCAAGGUGUGGGUCGAGAGAUUGGGUAGUUCAACGAAAGAAACACGAGAGGGAAUAAUUGAGGGAAUAAGAAAAAAGUUCAACUUAUCGAAGGUUACUUUGCACACCCGCUGGGUACGGGGUGUGCCCAUGGAUCUUUGUACAAGUGCUAUGAGUGCGCGGCCGAUAUGCGUGUCUCCACUGCCACUCGUAGUGUUAUCGUACAUAACCAAUUCUUGUUUAUGGCCAUUUUGUGAGGAGAACGUUUGCAUUAGAGCUCCGAAAAUCUGAUUAAUUCGGUGAAAUAUUCAGUAUUUGUACAUAAGUGGAUUGAGAAGACGCUUUAAGAUCUUAUAAUAAUAAGAUUGAGAAAGGAGACGGCUGGUGGCGUGGUGACGUCAGGGCGGCGGUUGUAGCCAGCAUGCAGCAUGAACCACGUGUGUCGUCGCACCAUCAGCGUGAGGCCGAAGACGAAGAAGAAGAUAGAGUAUCAGGAUUUUUUAUCGCAGAAACAGGAAAAAGUAAAGCGUGUCAAGUGGGAAAUACGUCACACGAGACACAACUGUUGGAGCACGGUUGUCACAGGCGUGUCAGAAGAAAAACAAGAUCGAAAAUAUAUCAUUGUUUCUUGGACGCUUACGAAUUUCACAUAUUACUUUCAUAUCGUUGGGUCGAAUUCAGAUUGGACGACGUUAUCAAGGAAAAGAGGUCCAGCUGCAACGACAACGUAUUUAUCGCAGAAAAUAUUUCAACGACGAAAGAUCAGCUGCGGGUUCGUCCAUUACCUCGUGGUUGUCAUCGUCGUUGGAUUAUUGGUUCUACUGGCACAAGCGAUUUUGUAUAAUCGACCGCCACACCGGGUCGUCAGUGAAUUCAUUAAGCAGCAACUGGUUAAAUUACCAGGUGCUGUGGCAAUACAAGGCGUCAGCUGCGGCAGCGGCGACGGGCCCAGGCCAUCGUGGCUAUUUCAGCGAUGCGGCCCGGACCAAACAGAACCAUCAACCCGCGCCGUCGUCCCUGUCGCCGGCGAGCCAGGCCCGAGCCAGCGUGGUGUUGUAUACAAGGAAGAAAGAUAGGAAAAGGAGAAGUCGGGGUAAAUACGGCGAACGAAGCACUUGGAGAAAGAGAUAUUAUUGUUUUCGGAAACAAAAGGUUUGGCUUUAUCUGGAAACAAAAUACAGUAGGAGAGGGCGAUCGACGCUCACCUCCCAGGAAGAGCGCCGACAACGUCGUCGUGGGGACGCCAGUGUCCCCUGUCACGUGCUCAUGCAACUCGAGCACCUGCCCCGUAUCACGGGAUCACCAUCCAGGACGGAGACGAAGACCGUGUGGACUGUGUCGGCGCAGUUGCAAAUUUAUUACCAGGCGACAACCACCGCCCACUUCAUUUGCUCUUCGUCAAUACACCAUUUCAUUGACGAGGUACGUAGAGAUGGUAAAUAUAGAGGACGCAAUCAUGACACCGUCCUUGAAAUUUUGCAUGCCAAAUCGACCAGCUUAUUUGACCCUUACGAAGAAUACGACUGUCAUAAAAACCUCCAUGUGCAAGUCCGCAGAAUUGCCUUUAAAGCUACUUAUUGUAAGUACUAUAAACAAUUUUUAUGCAAUGAAUAUACCAUACAUAUUUCAUUCUGGUUCCCUGACUGGACGAGUUUCAAACUUGACAUACUUGUCCGCCGAGAUUAUGAAUGUGUGGAACAUGAUGAGUCACGCGAUGCAAAGUUAUACUGUGGAGCUUCAUUGGCAAGGAAAAGUGCUGAGGAUUUUAUUCCUAUCUAUGUGUUUAGAAACACUGCCUUCAAAUAUUCCAACCAUUAUGAAACCAAACACAUUUUACCGAGCCGAUCGUUUCUUAUCAAAAACAGGACAAGACUCUAUAUCAAUUCACUGGAUAAUACGACCACUGAAACAAUUAAUCUUGAGCAUCAUUGGGUGUUUGCGAAGCUCCCAACAUUUAGGAAAUGGAAAGAAUCAGAAAACACUAGACAGGCGAGAUGUUCAGCCUAUCAAACGAACUGGCUCCAGGAUAAUACCAUCAUUGAACACAAACAUAAUAAUGUGUUAUUGGCGAAAGACGAUAACAGAGCCUGGACCGGACAGACAAUUAGGGAAAGAUCAACAUCACAUUUUCACAAAUAUGAAAAACAUGAUGCUGCCGAAUUUUCACGCCGCAAACUUAUUAGAACGAGUUAUGGAUCACUCUUCCUUCUGUAUUUUUUGGCUCUACCAUUAUUGUGCUCGACGUAUCCAUCAACGGGUAUUAUUACAUCAGUGUCAUUCGUCCAAAAAUCAUCGCUGGUAUUUAUUGAUAAUAGUACCGUACAUAACUUAUCACCAGUUGCGCGUCUCCGUAGUGGUGGUAAUCGUAUUGAUGGACAAUCGCAUAAUGACCGUUCUCAGGACGGAGAACAAGUUCAUCCUUAUAACGAAUAUACCUGGGAGGUGAACCAAAUAAAUCCUUGGCUUUCGGCUUGCGAUCUAGCAGGUCCAGCACCGGCCGAUCUUCAGGGCAGCUGUGGACCACCUGAAGUACCUAAAUAUUGUCCAAUUUCGUGCGCAUUGAGUAUUAAUUCCGAUAGAAUAUUCCAUGAGGUUGUUGAGCGUCUUGUUGUACCAAGAAAGUGGCGUACUGGUUCAGCUGCUAAAAUGCAAUGGAAAACAAUUGACAGAACAGUUAAAGGCAGUACGGCUCCGGAUCAGUGCCUUUUUUACCUUGAGGAGUCACACAAACGAGACAUCUGCCAAGAAGAUUUUGCACGGUCCAGUUCGUUAAGUUUUGCAACCUCACGAGAGAAUCGAUAUUGGUUCUUAAGUGGCCUCCGUCUACGCCAUUGCUGUGAGUAUGCGGUAAUAAAUGCCUUGGCACCCGGUAACGGCGGCCCUUUGGAGGACGUUUUGAAUGGUAGUCCAAGAUGCAGUAAAGCUCUCGAAAAGAUACUAAGUGUCGAUGCACUUGCUGCUCGAUUACACUGUGAGUUUGAGGAGGUAUUGGCGCGAUACGAUUGCCGCCAGUCAUAUUCUGUCAUCCAUAACUGCACCCACUGUAAGGAGGCAUAUAGAAAAUGGGUGUGCAGCUCUCUGGUGCCUUAUUUUGCUCAUGAGGGACCGUCGAUCCCAUUGAAUUCAGGGGAAGUAUACGUUGGCACGAGAUUGAGACCCUGUCGGUCUUUCUGCCAAUCUGUUGAACAACGUUGUCCUUACCUACUUCCGGGUGAUCGUGCGCCUGCAUAUCCAACGCAAUACGCCGGUGAACCAACUUUUCUUUGCAGAGAUCCAAAUAUCCCAGAAACUGGUGGACAAGCAGUAAGAGCAUUGCAUGGAGACGAGGAAGAGGAGUGUUGCUUCCGUGUUUGUUCCGAGGAUGAUCCAGCGUCGGGUGUUUGUGCGAAUUGUACUUAUAAUAAACUCCACGGACGUCGUAUUGGUCGGGAUCCUCCAUUAGCGCCGCAUUGCGAGAUGACAAGCACUAGUCAACCUAACUUUGCAGAUCCACAAAACAUUGCAAGAAAUAGUCCAGAGUUCUCCUUGCCACCAUCCACCAAGAGUGCCUCCUCUUCAUUCUGUGUCAGCAGUGGCACUGACGCGACAUCAGCAUUACCAUUAUCAUCAUCAUCAUCGAGUAAUGCAACAUCGUUACCAGUACCAGUAUCAUUAUUCUGUCUUUUAUGGAUUUGGGUCACACUAAUUUCCCUCUAUACCGGUCAGAUUAUUUUUUCCUGGAGCCCCGCACUUGAUGCUGAAUUUGUAUGUAAUACUUCGUCCUGGUUGAUGAGAAGCGGAACUUCCAGUGUUGACAAGUCUUCAGUGAUACAACGCAAGCCAUCAGUAAUAAAAUUGACAACAAUGACGAACCUGGCCCAAACAUUACCUCGUGUAAUGUUCUAUAAUUUGGUGCGGUUCUUAAUUUCAUGCUGUCAGGAAAACUUGUCUUAUUGGGGGUGUCGUGCAAGUAGAUGCACCGGAAAGAUCUCUUGUCAGACGUUCAAGUUGCGUUAUUUCCAAAUUCGUAUGGAAUUGAGGACGCAAGAUACCGAUCAUCGUGAUGAGGACAGACGAUCUUUUCCAUUUGACACAUGGCGUUGCUCUCAUCAUAGUCGCUCAACAAAGAACACGGCGAGGGUGCACGGUGGGAAAUUGAAGAGAAGGCGACGAAUGCGAUUUUGGUUCAUUCCGCGAAAGUGGAAGGAACCCUCUUAAUAGAUUGCACUGGUCUUUUAGUGAUGAUCCUCAUUCUAGAAAAAAUUACACUCAACAUAAUUUUAGAGGUUUUAAUGAAAUGCCCGAAACAUAAACUGAGAGAUAUUGAAAAAUUAAUUGAAAUUGAUGAAUUAAAUAAUAAUAGGGAAACUUAUGAGGCAAGGACAUUUGGCAUCCUUUUGCUUCGAUCAUUGAUGACAGGGUCAGGCAAGAGUUUAUGAUGUCCAUGACGCCCUAAAUUGACCACAAGAUAAUAUUGCAUGUAUACAUAGUACAUCAAAAGAGCGCAAACUAAAUAUAUGAAAUAUCCAUAUUGCGGGAUAAAAUUUCUUUCCAUUCCUCUUCUCUCUCUCUCUCUCUCUCU